AUGCCUCCAGCGCCCCCAAGAAAACAAUACAGUCUGUCCGGUAGGCAGCCAUAUGGUAGAUCUAACCAAGCAUCUAGUGCGUCGUCAAUUCUCUUCGUUGGUCUGGUUCCAUUUGAUUGGGAUGAAAAUAACAUGCGUUCUGUCGUUUGCGGGUCUGGGAAAGUUGUUGAUGUCAGACUAGGCUUUGACCAUGUAGGAAAAAACAAGGGAUUUUGCUUUGUUGAAUAUCAAACACCCGAGGAUGCAGCUUAUGGUAGGCUGUUGUUGAGCCAAGUCAAAAUUGGAAAUGGUAACAAAGUUAAGAAUCUCAGAAUUGAAGAGUCUAAGGAAGGUUUAAGGGCGAAUAAUGCUUCUGUUAAACAGCUCAUGACUUUGACCCGAGAUUUUCUUCCACCAAAUGUUCAAAUUCCAGAUGAAAUGUAUAGGAAUGUACCAGGAAAUGGAAAUGGGAAUUAUAAUCAAGCUAAUCAAUUUAAUCAAUCACCGAUGGGACAAUCACCUGUGGGACAAUUCCAACAGACCAAUCAACAGAUACAUGGAUACAAUCAACCUCAAGUCCAACAGUCCAUUUCUCAACCAGGGCAGGCACAAGUGACUUCAAGAAAUCUUCCACAACCUCCAAUUUUGCCCUUCAUAGCACCUGAUAAAAUCAAUCAAAAUUUGAGUCAAAUUGCACCACCAGUAUUGAUUGAAUUGCUUGGACAAUUGAAAAAUACUGUCAACACUCCAGAGGAGCAAGGAGCUACUGCUAUUUUCCAAGGUAAUCCAGUUCUUGCAACCGCCACAGCUCAAGUAUUAUUAUUGAUGGGAUUAAUCGAUGAUGAAGUUAUUAACGAAUCCUCCAAUGCUACCAACGCUGCUCCCCAAAUACAAGAACAAAACCAAUACUCGAAUCAGCAAUAUCAAAAUCAACAAUACCCAAACCAGCAAUACUCGAACCAACAGUACCAAAACCAACAAUACUCCAAUCAACAAUAUUCGAAUCAGAAUCAAAACCAAAAUCAAAAUCAGUACUCGAAUCAACAAUAUCCUCAAACACAAUCACAGUGGCCACAUUUGCCACCUCAAACUCAGCAAAAAUUGUCACAAUUACCAGCUAAUCAAGCAGAUUUGAUAGCUCAAGUUUUGACUAUUCCUCCAGAACAAAUUCCUUCCUUGGAACCAGAAAAACAACAAAUGGUGAAUAACUUAAGAGCUCAAUAUUUGUGA